CCUUAGUAAUUGUGUGUAACCAGUGCUUUUUUAUUACAAAGAAACUUAUAAUCAAGAAAAAAAAUAUUUAAUAAAAAUGUCACUUACGGGAAAUGCUUCAGAAAAUUCGGAUAACACGAAAAAUUAUUCAAUAACUGGUAUUAAAGAAAAUGGUAACAAUACCAUGACAGCUAAUGCAUAUGUUAAUGGAUAUAGAGAUACCCCAGACCCCACUAAAUUGGGUGUCCCACAUUACUCUGUCGCUGGAGGAAGCCUGACUGUUGAAUCACGUGGUCAUUCAGCAGGUUUAGCAGCUCAACAUAUACCCAACUUUGGCGAUAGAGUGACUGGUUCAGCAAAUUUAAACCUAAUGAAUUCCGAGACACAUAAAUUGGAUGCCCAUGCUUUUAGCACCCAAACGAUACCAAAGGCUCAUCCGAAUUUUGCAACCCAUGGCGGAGGAGUCGAUUAUACCUAUAUGAACAAACACGGUGCAAGUGCAUCUGUGACUCAUACCCCGAUGUUUAACAAGACAGAUCACAAUGUGGGGACACACUUUAAUCUCCAUAAAACACCUACUUCUUCCCUAGACUUCAAUAUUGGGGCAUCAAAGAGCAAAUCUCCCUUUUCAAAUGGUAAUUGGGACAAACAGGGUUCGUUUAUAUUCAGAAAAGAUUUUUAAUAUUAAAAGUGUACACGUACAAUAAUAAUUCUUGCUUAAUCUUUUUAUUUCUAUUAAAAAACAACUAUAAACACCCAUUAAUUAUACAUAAAUUGUAAAGA